CAAGCCAGAUCAAUUAGUCCCUGAAUUGAGUAAGAUACUUGGGAUGACACCCCUGGUGGGUUCUGAGUUUUAUGCAAGCAGUUUGACUCAUUUUACUGCUAUUGCGCAAAAGGCUUAUAACACUUUAUCUCACUGAAGAAAAAGAAAUACAAACUGAAAUCAAUAUUUUCAGACCCACUACGUAUCUGUGUUGUCCUGAGGGUUAAAAAUGGAAAAAUUUGUUCAGUGCAGGACUUCUGACAGGCAUGGGUCCUGUAAACCUGCUUUUGCUGUAGUCACAUUAGUCAGCUGAACAUUACUAAGGAAGUUUCACUACAUUCAUUCAGGCGCUGGGAAGGGAAAUAUUCCUGCUGACUCAUGCUUAUUGGUAUUUUCCUUGCUCCACCUCCAGUCAUUUUGGCUCCUCCUCUCCUCUCUUGCUGCUGGUUGCCUACUAUAUUUAAACAGCUGUCUUAGAGCAGAGAGAGGAUUCCAGGCUUGUAGUUUGGUUGGCUCUCCUGACUGUACAAUCACUUUCAUAAAGAUCCCACCUCUCAUCAGACCUGCUGCUAAAGCAGGUAGAUUCCAGAGCAUAAAUGCUUCCAGAUGGGAAGAUGUAUCCAUUAGUGACCAGACCCUCAAACAGGAGUGGGCUAAAGACACUGCCUGUUGUGAUCAUAGGGAACGGACCUUCAGGAAUCUGUCUCUCAUACUUGCUGUCAGGUUACACCCCUUACUUCAAAAGACACUCUCUUCAUCCUAAUCCUAUUCUUCAGAGAAAACUGGAAGAAGCACCAGAAGUCUCUGUUUUGGACCAGGAUCUGGAGUAUCUCUCUGAAGGCUUGGAGGGACGAUCCCACAGCCCUGUGGCUCUUCUGUUUGAUACUCUGCAGCGUCCAGACACAGACUUUGGUGGGACAGCAGAAUCUGUGCUCACCUGGUGGCAUGAGCCUGACAGAGCCAUCCCCCACCUGGUCCUUGGCAGAAAUGCCCCUGGAGGUGCCUGGCACUCUAUAGAGGGCUCUAUGGUUACCCUGAGCAGAGGGGAAUGGAUGGGACUCCCAGACCUCCCUUUCAAAGAAUGGUUAAAGCAAAAGAGAAGAGGCCUCAGAAACAAUAGAGCCACAGCAGAGGACAUUGCUCAAUAUUACCAACACUAUGUGAUGAAGAAAGGACUGCAGAAGAAUUUCAGAUGUGGCACUGUUGUGACCUCUGUGAGGAAAGUGAGUGCAGAGAGCAUCUCCAACCAUACCCAGAAAGAUCUUCAGGAGGAUAGUGACUCUCUCUGGAACUCAAAUGAAAAAAGUGCAGAGGUCUUUCAGGUGGAUGGAUUUUUCAAAACUGUGGAAGGUGAUAAAGAGCCCUUCUCUAUCUAUGCAGAGAAUGUGGUCUUGGCUACGGGAACAUACGACAAUCCUACCUGGCUUGGGGUCAAGGGAGAAAACCUUUCCUAUGUCCACCACCAGCUGUCUGCCCUAGAAGAAGCAGUGAAGAACAACAGUGUUGGCAUCAUGACAGAUCCAGUCUUGAUUGUAGGUGCUGGUCUGACAGCUGCUGAUGCGAUUCUCUUUGCUCACCAUUGCAACAUUCCAGUAAUCCACGUUUUUCGGAGACGAGUCACUGAUCCAGGCCUUAUUUUUAACCAGCUCCCCAAAACAAUGUACCCUGAAUACCACAAAGUCCAUCAGAUGAUGAAAGAACAGACAGCUGCCUGUGCUGGGCCCUAUGAGCACUACAUCAGCCUCCCUGAGCAUCACGUGCUCUCCUUUGGCAAGGACAGGAAAUGCAUCUUUCAAGACAAGAAUGGCUGUCAGAAAGCUUAUAAAAUUUCCAUGGCUCUUGUUCUAACUGGCUCAAACCCCAACCUCUCCUUUCUGCCAAAUGAUGGCAUUGACUUGGCAUUGGACAGUGACCAGCCAGUCAAUCCAAAGAGGAAUCCCAUAGAUGUUGAUCCAUUCACCUAUGAAUGCACUCAGGAGAAAGGGCUCUAUGCUCUGGGACCUCUAGCAGGAGAUAACUUUGUACGCUUUGUGCAGGGAGGGGCUCUGGCUGUUGCAAGCUCUCUGUUAAAGAAAGCCAACAAAAAUCCACCCUAACAAAAAACCCUAUCCCUGUACUACCUGUAGUAGGAUGGGUUAGUGCUUUUUCCAUCAAAUCAUCUGAUUUGUAUAUCCUCAAAUCUAAAGGCCAUUCCUGGUAUUCUUCAAGGUUAUAUGGAGAGAUAGUAAGUUCUUGCUGAGUUAUUUGAGAAGAUUAGGUAACCAAAUACAGGGUGGGUUCCACACACUGCAGUAUCUUCAGUGCCUGGGAAUUCAGCUCCUUUUCUGCAUAGCUGUGCAUAAUUACUGGGACUGAAGCUUGUGCCUGGAAAAACAAGGGGCAAGGAAUUGCUCUUCUAUCUAAAACCCUCCAGGUGACUGAAAAUUGGAUUGAGGAAUCAAUGUUAAUUAUUUUCAGAUAGCAGGCCCACAACACUGUCUGAUGGUGUCUUACAGUGUUUUGUCAUGAAACAAAGUAAACUGACCUGGUUUUAUUUACUCCUGUGGUUUGGCUGUAUGUUCUUGUUAGGCCAGAAAUCACUGCCAGGUGCUGCAGGUACUUCUUUGGCACAUGGAAGGAUACUCUGCAAGUAAGAACUGACAUACAAACAUUCAAAACUGUAUUGUCUCACUGACACCAGCACAAGUAAUAUAUGACUCUUUUAAAAAAUCAAGAGAUUCCUGUGAUUUUAAAAAAUCAAGAAAACUGUAUUGUCUCACUGACACCAGCACAAGUAAUAUAUGACUCUUUUAAAAAAUCAAGAGAUUCCUGUGAUGGGUUCUUCUCCUUCCUGAGAAGAAAUGGUACUGAUUUGCAAAUACUUGGUCUGCCAUCUUGCAGCUUCCUACUCUCUAAAUCCUAAACCUGUGAUAGCCAAACUCUUGGCAGCUGCUGUAGAGACAAGCAGAACUAAAGGGGAGCUACAGGUCCAUCUUGGAACUGCCCACGUACUGUAUGGGGCUUCUGCUGCACAGAGGAUUCUGGAAAGGUGCAAUAUGUUAUAUACUGGGUGAAUUACCAAUGUAUUUUUUAAAAUAAUAUUAUUUGUAUAAGAGGGAAAAUGGCACAGUCACUUUUUGGUAGCUUUAUGUUAUAUAUAUAUAUAUAUUUAUAUAUAUGAACUUUUUAUACUGUUUUUUUAAAAGAUUUUUAUUGGCAGAAUAUUUUGUUACAGUCUUUCAGUCUUCUGAAUGAGCUGGGGUAGAUGGCAGUGAUGCCUUAUGUUGUAAGCAGCAUUCUCAACAGAUCUACAGGGGCUUUCAUACCUCUCACAGGAAAAAAUUCAGUCAUAGCUAAUUUAAUUUGGUGUAAAUACAGACUCUGCUCCCUGUGCUGCACUGAAACUCACUGAUGUCAAAAGGCCCUGAAAAAUUGAGUGGGACAAAUGAAUUGGCCUGGAGUUGAGAUGUGGGAGGGGCUUGUCUGUGAAGUUACUGUAUCACACUUGAAUCAUUUUUCUUACUGACUACUCUUGUAUGAAACUUUCCAAUAAAGUGAUUUCAGAUGUA